GCCGAAGUUUUGUAGUUCCUGGGUUCUUGACCUGUCAGCGUUGUAGUACAAGCUGUCACUGCCGAUACUUUGUUUUCCUGUCCUUCUCUUGUCGGCUAAUAAUACAACGAGACGCAUUGCGUCGCCCCCCCGGUGUUGUCCGUGACGUGUUUACUGUCGUUGCCGGUGUCUUUUUACCUGUGAGCUAACUGCUGAAGUUAGCGAAGAAGCCGACUAGCUUAGCAUCUAGCUUGCUAACUAGCAUUUGACAUUAGCAGCGUUGGCUAGCUUCUUUGCUGUUAGCUAGCUAGCCCGCUGCCAGUGCGAAGCCGCCCACUCCUGCCGAGCCGCAUUCCGGAGAAAAGAGCGAACAUACAAUAAUAGAAUCAAGUAACUUUUGGAUGGAUCCCCAUGGACAUAAAACUGUUACGCCAUAAUCGCCAUAUACAGCUCAAUGGAGGCCCAAAGCUCCAGCGGCCUGGUGCUGUCCAGAAAAAGGAGAAGGGAGAGCUCCACUCGGGACAGCGAGGAGGGGGAGCGGCUUGGGAAAUACCCCAAAUGCACUGUGGGGCUGAAGAACCCGGCACCUUUUGCAGACGAGCUGUUGCCUGUUGACCCUAAAGCCUACGAGAGAGUCAGCAUGGAGGAGGCGAAGAGGGGAACACGAGCCAACCGACCGGUGCGGGUGUAUGCGGACGGCAUCUUUGAUGUUUUCCACUCGGGUCACGCCAGAGCUCUCAUGCAGGCUAAACGCCUCUUCCCAAAUACACACCUCAUCGUAGGAGUGUGCAGCGAUGACCUGACCCACAAAUACAAGGGCUUCACAGUGAUGAACGAGGACGAGCGGUACGACGCCAUCAGACAUUGCCGCUAUGUCGAUGAAGUGGUGCGGAACGCUCCCUGGACGUUAUCGCCGGAGUUCCUGAUAAAACACCGCAUUGACUUUGUGGCCCAUGACGACAUCCCGUACUCCUCGGCGGGCAGUGAUGACGUGUACAAGCACAUCAAGGACGCUGGUAUGUUUGCGCCCACCCAGCGGACGGAGGGCAUCUCCACCUCUGACAUCAUCACACGCAUAGUCCGAGACUACGACGUGUACGUCAGACGCAACCUGCAGAGAGGGUACACGGCGAAGGAGCUCAACGUCAGCUUCAUCAACGAGAAGAAGUACCACCUGCAGGAGCGCGUGGACAAGGUGAAGAGGAAGGUACGUGACGUGGAGGAGAAGAGCAAAGAGUUCGUCCAGAAGGUGGAGGAGAAGAGCAUCGACCUGAUCCAGAAAUGGGAGGAGAAAUCCAGGGAGUUCAUCGGCAACUUCCUGCAGAUGUUCGGCCCCGAGGGAGCUCUGAAGCACAUGCUGAAGGAGGGGAAGGGCCGCAUGCUGCAGGCCAUCAGCCCGAGGCAGAGCCCCAACAGCAGCCCCACCCGCGAGGAGCGCUCCCCCUCUCCCACCUUCCGUCUCCCCUUCUUCACCAAGACCUCCCCGCCUCCCUCGCCUCGCCCCCACCACAGCGGGGCCCGCGGGUACCUCAUCAGCGAGGACGACGAGGACGAGGACGUGGAUGAGGACGAGGACGAGGAGAACUAGAGCGAGUUGGAUUAAGUGGGCCGUCGACUAGUGCGCUUUUCAUUAAGCAACCCGCUUCCGUUUGUUUUAAGAUUUAACUAUUUUUAACACCACAGUGUCCUGUUAAACGCAACCAGCGGUUCCUGCACGGCUUUUUUGUGUGUGUAUUGGUCAGUAAAAGUUACCACUAGUCUCAUUUAUCUCGGCCCUUUUUUGGUGUUGAGUUCAUUAGUCACUCACUGUCCCUUUUUAGGAAUAUUUGCAGGCCUUGCACAGCGUAUUCUUAAUGUUGGCGUCGUAGUGAGGGAGUUUUUUUCUUUUUGUCUCUGUCGUGGUGGGAGGGCUCGCAGGUUUCCUGGUGACUCGCCGUCAAGGCACACGUGGGAGAGCUCGCGGCGGCUCUGCAGUCUCUCCGGAUGGGAGGUUUUUCACAGCGGGACUGAAAAACUGCACAUUGAAAACGGUCAUUUGAUGUGUGUGUAUAGUCUGUUAUACUAACAAAAUAACAUUUGUUAGACUUAAAAAAAAAAAAAAUGUAAUUCCAGAUUGCGUCCAGUCUGAGAGUUUUGUAUCUAAACAGCAGCUUUGUCCCGAGCGUGUGUGUCUGUAAGUGCAUGUGAUGUUUUUACUUGCAAGCUCUUGCGUCGGCAUGUUCACACGUCUGUAUUUAGUUAAAAAAAAACAUCCUUUUUAAAGCUUUUGUUUGCUGACAAAUACAUUUUUGGAAGACUAGUUUCAAACAGACGCCGCUCUCGUGGCGUAAAAAGAAAAUUCUGCUACGACACAUUUAAAUGUUGUUGUACCACUUAUUUUUGUAGGUUUUAUCUUUCCUUUUAUCUUCUGUAAAGAGGGAUCUUAAUCUACUUUCUAGAGCAAUGAAUCAAAAUAAAGAUGUUUUUUUGUUUUCUAAUGCAGAUCCGUAUCACCCGGGCCUCUACAGAAUAAUCGUGUCCACGUGAUACACAUGUGAAAACUUUAGAAAAUAAAGUUAAUGCAUUAAAGCACACCAGAGAACUCCAAACACCCUGUUCGCAGAACAUGUGGGCUAGUGAACACAGCCUUCAUCAGUUUAAAGAUGUAUUUUGGAAGACUGUCACGUGGUGGGAGGAGCUUAGAUUUAUGUAACACGUUCAUUUAAACGGUUUGUUUCCUGAGAUGAGCACAAAUGAGCAUUUUUCCUUUUCUGAACCGUUGUUGCAGCACUGAAGCAAAUAUUUUAGCUUUUCUGGCCUCUGAAUGAAUCCACCUCCCCUGAUUAAUGCAUGCGUUGCUUCCUGUUACCAGAAAACCAAACAUCACAGGUGAUCUGAAGAUGUAAUAGUGUGACUCCAAUAUACAUAUUGCUCAGUUCUACACUUGGUUUUCCAAAAACAACUGAUGGCUGAAAAAGACCACCUCCAUUCCUAUGGUGGUGGAUCUGAUUUUAACACUGGGAUAUAACCACCAAACGGUUUCCUUCCAGCUGUUAUUUUGAUGCUCAGACACUUUUGGGAACCCUCGAUUCUUGUGGAAUCAGUUCCUUCAAAUCAAUGUAAACGGCUUUGCCACUUUGAUCUCGUGGACGUGCGCAAAGACUUGAGUGACGAGCAAAUAGCAGCCGCUUGUUUUAAAUCAAGUCUCGUUUCAGUUUGGGGUUCCUUUGUUUAAUGUUCUGGAUGUAGAGGUCGGGGAAAGACUGCAACAAUUAAAACAUUUUGGCCGAAGCAUUUCUUGACUUAUUA